AUGUCGCUAAAACGCGUAGAAGAGCUCGAACUUCCGCUGGCAAUUGUUUCGGGAACGUUUGGUUUCCUUGGCCUAUCUAUCGAAACAUCGAUUGUCUAUGUCCUCUACAAGAAGGCUCGUUUCUCUCGAUCAGUGAAAGCUUUCUUGUUCGCGAAUGUUAUUGGUCGAAUCUAUCAACAUCUUUACGCUUUCUAUGAAGCUUUUUGCAACAUCGAACAAAAUUGUUUUCUGUUUGAGCGAGAAGUGGCAAGUGCUUGGCUGUCGAAUGUAAUUCUUUCGACAAUUUUCAAAUCCAUUCAGUUUGCUAUGGUUUUCAUUGAUUUCGGCUUAUCGUUAAACAGAGUCUUUGCCGUUUUCUUCGAUGGACGGCUGUACCAAAUGGCCGACAAAAUGUCCCUCUAUCACAUCUCAAUCAGCCUCUUGUGUCCUAUUUGUCUUUAUGGAAGCUUGAUCCAACAAACGUUUUUCUCGUCUUUCUCUAAUUUGUUUCUCGCUUUUGAGAAUUUGCAAAUGUUCAUGAUGCAGCCGAUGAUUGCCGCUGAUCUUUGGGUGUUGUUGCAAGUGAGAAUGAUGAACCACAAAUUGAACCGUCAAAACUCAGCAGACACACGAUUGGCAAUACUAGCUCUCGCCUCUCAUUUGAUGAACAUCUCCCACUAUUUAAACUAUCAACUAACUUCCAUUUUCGACCUGAAUAAAACCGUUUUUGUGACGUUUCUCGCCGACAAUUUGGUGGCCAAAAUUGCCGCAAUUAUCGAGGGGCUGGUAAUUCUUGGGUUCAGUUGGCCGCGUGAGGAGGAUGGGAAAACGAUCAAAGUACAGGAAAAAGAGACAACCACAUCGGCUCGCGAGCGACGACGGACAAAGCCUGAGUUU